AUGAGUUCAAAAUUUGUUCUCUGCCUAUUUGCGGCACUUUGCUGCGGCAUUGCCGUGGCCAAGGCGGCUCCAAAGGCCAGCAAGAAUGUGCUCAUCUACAAGCUGCAGGAUGACGACAGCGACGAUCAGGAGCUAUACGACUCUCAGGCUUACUACAGCAACCUGAGAACCGAUCUGGAAGAGGACGACUUCAAUGCUGUGGACGACGAGGAGCAAGAAGAGGAAACCGGUCGUCAGUACAACUAUCAACCGUACUACUAUCCUCCUUACGGAUACUCACCAUACUACUAUCCUUACCCACCACCCGGACCACCACCACCUAAGCCACCCACUUCAUCAUCUAGUUCUUCAUCCAGUUCAUCAUCCAGACCUUAUCCCUCUGGACCUUAUCCCCCUGGACCUUAUCCACCAGGACCUUACCCUCCUGGACCUUAUCCACCAAAGCAUGGACACCAGCCUGGCUACCCUUAUCCUCCUCCUCCUUCCGGCUACCCUUAUCCGCCAUACUAUCCUGGAUAUCCUUAUCCCAAGCCGCACACCACAACCACAAAGGCUCCUUCAACUGAGACCACUAAGUACUGUAAGAAGAUCUUCCCCAUUGGCGUGGUGUGCUUGUAG